CAUUCCUCUGUGUGGGUGGUGCGGCUGCAGGUAUUUGUGCGGGUCCCACAUUCCUCUGUGUGGGUGGUGCGGCUGCAGGUAAUUGUGCGGGUCCCGCAUUCCUCUGUGUGGGUGGUGUGGCUGCAGGUAAUUGUGCGGGUCCCGCAUUCCUCUGUGUGGGUGGUGCGGCUGCAGGUAUUUGUGCGAGUCCCACAUUCCUCUGUGUGGGUGGUGCGGCUGCAGGUAAUUUGUGCGGGUCCCGCAUUCCUCUGUGUGGGUGGUGCGGCUGCAGGUAUUUGUGUGGGUCCCGCAUUCCUCUGUGUGGGUGGUGCGGCUGCAGGUAUUUGUGCGGGUCCCGCAUUCCUCUGUGUGGGUGGUGCGGCUGCAGGUAUUUGUGCGGGUCCUGCAUUCCUCUGUGUGGGUGGUGCGGCUGCAGGUAUUUGUGCGGGUCUCCCAUUCCUCUGUGUGGGUGGUGCGGCUGCAGGUAUUUGUGCGGGUCUCCACAUUCCUCUGUGUGGGUGGUGCGGCUGCAGGUAUUUGUGCGGGUCCCGCAUUCCUCUGUGUGGUGGUGGUGCGGCUGCAGGUAUUUGUGCGGGUCCCGCA